AUGUCCUUCACUAUUAUUUAUGUGUUAACGCUGAGUGGAAACCUAAUAAUUAUCAUUGUCUGCAGGGUUGAAAAGUCUCUUUACACCCCAAUGUACUUCUUUCUCAGUCACCUUGCUGCACUGGAAAUCUGUUAUAUCUCUGUGACUGUUCCUAAAAUGAUCCACUAUUCUGUUUCAGGAGACGGCAGUAUUUCAUUUGCAGCUUGCCUUACCCAGUUGUAUUUUUUUGGAUCCCUUGGCUCGACUGAAUGCUUCCUUCUACCUCUAAUGGCUUAUGAUAGAUAUCUUGCUGUUUGCAAGCCUUUACAUUAUUACUCACUAAUGACUUCUCAAUUCUGUAGCAGAUCCGCUGGAUGUUGCUGGUCAUUUGGUUUCAUAUUCACUAUGUCCUCUGUACUUCUUAUUUCUACACUGAAAUUCUGUGGCUCUAACCAUAUACAGCAUUUCUUCUGCGACAUCUCCCCACUUCUUAAGUUAUCAUGUACUGAUGUUCGGCAUACGGAGACCCUCAUUUUCCUACUGGCAUCAUUUACAUUGCUGGGAUCCUGCCUAACCACAUUACUAUCAUAUUUAAUGAUACUCUCCACUGUGCUAAGUAUAUCUACACAGUCAGGCAGGGGAAGGGCAAGUGCAACCUUUGCUUCUCAUUUGACUGUUGUAACAAUAUAUUAUAGUACAAUGAUCUUUGUUUAUGUUCGUCCCACCACUACUAGCACCUCCAGUCUCAACAAGAUCCUAUCAGUGCUGUAUACAGUUUUAACCCCACUACUUAAUCCUUUCAUCUAUGCUUUGAAGAACAAAGAGGUAAUGAGGGCUCUUUGGAAAGUAAAAAGCAGAUUUAAGGUGUAG